GUCCGCCAUUGUUAGUCUUGAGCUCGGAUCCGUCGAGAGUGGUACUGUAAUUCUUCCGCGUCGCUCGUGACUAUCAAGCGAAUAUUAGUCAAAUCCCUCCAUUUAAACUGCAGUUUCUCCCCAAAGAUAUUGGUCAAACGAAUUCUCGCUCCUCACCGCAGGUUUUGGUGUUGUGCGUUUGUGGUUUUGUGAAGUGUUGUGCGCGUGUUUGUUGGAUCGACUUUGCCGGCAUUUCUCCCUCCGCCGGAUAUUCUACGCAGUUGAAUUUUCGGAGUGACAAUUACUAGUGUGCAAUAAUGGGUGGACGGAAUAGUAAAAGAUCGGUGGACAUAACGGCCUCGCCGCCGAAGGAGGCCACCGAAGAGAACGGGGCCGUGGCCACGGAAGAAGGGGCCGGGGCCGCCUGCAAGCUCGAAAAGGCCACCGAAAACGUCGAGAACGUCAAAGCCACCCUCAACGGCGACGCAACACACACCAAAGCGCAGUCGUUGCCGCCCGCAACACCAACACCGCCCCAGUGCACAGUUCCCUAUUGCUCUCUUUGUUUGGAGGCGAAGGUGUUAGGCAAAGAUUAUAUAGCUCAUGACGAAACUCCGACACAAAACGGCACAGAAUCCCCGGCCAAAACAACUGAGCCCGAAACGCCUGUCAAGGCCGAGGAGGCCACCCCCGAGACAGUGACGACCCCGGAGAAAGCCGAGGAAGUGACGUCACCGGUGACCUCGCCGGACGAGAAGACGGCCGACGAAGGCGAGAAAACGUCGGAGAAGCCGGAGAAGAAAGAGAAGAAAAAGAACAAGAUCAUCAAAACCCUGAGGUCGCUCAGCUUCUCGCGAAAGGCCAAGCCAGACAAAACCCCCGUCACCUCGCCCACGUCCAAGGAAGAAUCAGAGAAAACUGAAGAAAACGCCGAAACCCCCGCCAAGACGGAGGAACUCGCAUCACCCCUGACGUCCGUCAUCGAAGAAGCUGGAGCUGCCGCGGCAACCGCCGUAACCAAAGUUGAGGAAACGCUGACAGAAGUUAAGAAUGAAGUAGUCACAGUAUGCGAAAAAGUCACAAAGGAAGUCUCAGAGAAAGUGGAAGCAGUUGUCGAAAAGGUCGAAGCCGUUGUCGAGAAGAAAUCCGAGCCAGAAAAAGUACCAGAAGUCAAAACCGAAACUGCACCUGCAUCCGCGCCCGCUGAAGAAGUUCCACCCCCUCUGCCCGCAAGUCCACCCCCCACAGAAAUCCCCUCUCCAACACCAGUAGCUCCCUCUGAAACAAUCAAAAAUGUUGUCAAUGAGCAUCAACAACAAGAUAACGAGGAGAUGAACGGUGGAGGUGAAUCACUAGCAGAGCUAACACCCGAAGAAAAUGGUGAGAAGCCUUUGUUGAACGGUGAUCAUGACCAUUCAGGGACCAACGGCUUUGACAGUGACAAAGAAAUCAAGGCUCCGACGUCUGAUAAGGUACUACGCCUCCUUUCGUCUCAUCUAAUCAAUCUAAGCGUUCAGUUGGCCGAGGUUGAAGAAGAACUAAGUAGCAAGGUGGAAUCUUUAAAACUGGCAAACUCUGAAGACUUGCCCGAGAUCUCAAGCAACGAGGCACAAGCUAGCUCGAAAAACGAGAAAAAAAAGAAAAAGGGCGGAAAGAAAAAAAAUGCUGAAAAGAAAAGCCAGGGCCAGACGGCAAAGUAAUGGCUCAGGACGCUGUAAAAUUUAGGGGCCCUGGGGCUCAAAGAUCAUCGAUCAAAACAAUGAAGUCGCUGUAACAAAUGAAUGAAUGUCACAAAUGACUCGAAGUCCUUUUGUAUAGUCAGUUGAUAUCUCUUCUAUGCCUGGUCGAUCUUUCCGCCAUUGCAUUCGGUCACCGGCCCACGAAGCGCCCCGACUCCGUGCCUUUGGCCAACCCAUCCAUUCCACAAGAAGCUCAAGGAAACGCUCAUUUAACUUAGGAACAAACCAUUCCGAUUUUUGAUAUCCGAAUUUUGAAUCGCGAUUUUUUUAAAUAACAUUUUUCACCGAUCGGUGCGCAAAUCCCUUUAGAAGAUGAAACGGAGUCGAAACUUGAGAUCUUGAUCACAUGACGGUAACUUGAUCAGAGGAAACGAACUAACCUUUGGUGUUGGACAGAGUGAAAAAAACAUAAUCUCCAUUUUUUUCUCGCAGACCAGUAUUUCACACGAAAGCAACACCAGUUUUUCUCAUAAAAUUCGUAAAGCCUUGUCUUUAGGUCACAUUUUUCCACUUAAGUACGAUUGGACAAUGUAUUUGAGGCUCUCAGGAGCGUACGUCCUCACUGUAGAAAACUGGAAAGUUCGUUCAGAGGUCAGAUACUCCCUCUGUGCACUGUGUAGCAUUAAAAUCUCUGUAAAAUAUUCUUUAACUGAAGUUGAGAUGAGUUUUAUAGACAAUGAAUUUAUUUAUUACCAGUGAAUGAAUCUCAUUUGGUUUAAAGGUUCUGUUUCUGAAGUCAACAUCUUGUCACCCUAAGUUGUCGGAUUUUUCUCGCAUCUUCAGUUAAAAAAUUAUUCUUAAGGAAAUGAAUAAACACAUUCAUCAUUUCAGACACCAAAAGCUGGUUCAUUUCCUCUAGGAGAUCAAGUUUCCAGCACUGUUGUCGCAGGAGAAGGGAUUUUUUGCGUCUCAAGUGGUGCUCCUAUGUUUGAUAGGUUUUGUUAAAUAUGGGUUUUCAGUGCUUGUCUAACGCAGUUUUGUCAAAGAACAGCAUAAAAUUCUUUCCGGAAGGCGACAGUGAAGCAUGCAAGCACAUUCUAAUACCCUUGACCAUGACUUUCCAGCAGGAAUUGUUCUUUUCUUUUCAAGUUUCAAUCGAUAGUUGAUCCGGAGCCAGUCGUUCAAUUCUCUUAAGAGAUCGUCAAAAAAACAAUGAUAUCAAGGUUGUGAUCAGCCGUUGGAAUGCUGGCUUCAAGCACAUUUUCUGAAUACAAUCUGAAGAGAGAUUUGAUUCACGCUUUCAAGAACGUGCAGCUUACGUGGAAAAGGUCAUGAGUUGCAUCAGACACUCAGCUUUUGAGCUCCGGUUCUAAUUUUUUGCACCCUUUUUUAUACCAAUCUGUAUUUUAUAUAUGUUUUUAUAUAUAAUCUGACAUUAAGACUGGUUUUACUACUUACUCUCAUGUGUUCCAGAGAUUCUGUAUCUCAGUAGUGAAAGAUUGAUCGAAAAGGGAGAAUGACACUGAACCCCCCCCCCCCUCUUUUAUGUCUCUGUAAUAUUUAUGAAAUUUUAUGAGUUUUGUAUAAAUCUUUUUAAUUUUUUCUCAAGUUAAGGCUUUUUAUGUUGAAUAUUAGCGAUAGUGUACCUAUCCUUAUUGCUAGCUAUUACUAUUUUUUUAUUUUUUUUUUUUAUCAUUAUAGUUUAUGGCCAACUUUUUAUUAUUUUUAUCAUUACAUUUUUAUUAUCACUAUUAAUAUCACUUUAUUCUCAGACUUUGCUCCAAGAGUGAUUCCAAUAAAUACUAGCGCUAUGAAGUGAUUAGAACUUGAUUCAAAUUCACUCCCUCGGAAGACAGUUUCAUAGCCUUAUUUGCCUCUGUUCUUCGCGUUGUCAGAAAUAAAAUUUCUUGUGUAUAUUCAAUAUUUCGUUAUUAGAUUCUAUUAAUCCUCAGGCCCUUAACGGUGUAAAAAAUAAAAAAGGAUGUGUUAUAGGGAUCACCCCCUGUAAUUUCAUUUAUCAAAAUCAAUUUGCAGAUAGUUCUCAAUCUUUAGCUAAAUGUCAUCUACUUUUGUCACUGUAAGUUAGAAUAUUUUAUCCAACCUUUUCUUAAGGAGUUAAUAUAUCCGAAUUUUUUCACUUUGGUCUUGGUUGUGAAUCAAAUCCUGUCCAAAAAACCUGAUUUGUUUAAAUAAAUAGCCUCUUGAUACGUACAA